CCAACACUUCCCACAUCCCCGUGGUCAGCACCACCGAAAGCCCCGAGAAACCCUAGGCACCAGGGCCAGGAGGGCGCGCCGCGCAGCCAUGGCGAAGAACCGGAACAAGAAGAACAGGGCCAAGAGCGGCGGCCUCGCCGCCAUGGACACCUCUGAGGGCGGCCCCGCCACAUCCACUGCCGCGGACGUCCCACAACCAAUGGACACGUCCGAGGGAAAGCAGCCAUCGUCGGCCACAGCGGCGCUCGGUUCGAUCAACAAGCCUCGUAGAGUCAAAGCGUCGCAAGGAAGGAACUGUACAAGGCUAGAGGGAUUCGUGGAGCAAGCAAAAGGUCUUCCAACGUUUGCUCGCCCAUGCCGUUGUUAUCACACCGGGGAUCGCGUCGCGUAUCGAUCUGCCGGCGUAUCCGAGACGCACCGUCGUCUCCUUGGCUCCCUUGCGGUUCGGGACCGCACGUCGUCCUCGUGUUCACCAGGUGCCGUUUUCGUUUGCGUCAGGGAAAGCUGCGGGGGACAUCGCCGCGUCCCUAUGGGCUAUGGAUGAAAUCGACUCUGGUCAUCAAAUUCAAAUAAUUGGUUGUUUCGGUGAACUGUGACACUGAAUUUAUUUAUUUUUAUGCUUAUAUAAAACAUCUUUGUUGUCGUGCGUCA